AUGUCUACCUGGAUAGCCCAGUUGCAUUCUUUUGGAAAACUAGCAAAUUCCUGGAACAGCAGUAGCCAAAAUCUUCCACCAGGACCAAAGCCAUUACCACUAAUUGGAAACCUUCCUCAAAUGGAUCUGAAGAGGCCUUACAGAACCCUGCUGAAGUUACAUUUCAGUUAUCCAAGCAGUAUCAGCUUCCAAAUGGGAGCCCAGAAAAUGGUCGUUCUGGUGGGCUACGAGACCGUAAAGGAGGCUUUGGUGAACCAGGCAGAUGCAUUUGCAGAGCGGCCCAGACUCCCAAUCUUUGAAGAGGCUACAGGAAGCUGUGGAGUUGCAUUUGCUCAUGGUGAAAACUGGACAGUGAUGUGGCGGUUUAUGUUAACCACAUUGCGUGACUAUGGAAUGGGCAAGAGGACCAUAGAGGACAAAAUUAUUGAAGAGUGCCAUUCCCUAAUACAGAAAUUUGAAUCUUACAAAGGAAAACCAUUUGAGAGCACUGUAAUCAUGAACGCUGCUGUUGCCAAUGUUAUCGUGUCCAUUGCGCUUGGCAAGCGAUAUGAAUAUGAAGAUCCCACGUUUGUAAGACUACUGAACUUGUUGAAUGAAAACAUCCGACUUGUUGGAAGUCCCUCUGCCAUGCUGUACAACAUGUUUCCUGCUCUGGGCUUUCUGUUUGGUGGUUCCAGGACUAUUGUUAUUAAGAACAAGAUGGAAUUGUACAACUUCAUACAGGACACUUUCAUAGAACGCCUCAAAGAACUGGACGUGAAUGACCAGAGGACCUUUAUUGAUGCUUUUCUAAUCCAACAGCAAGAGAGAUCAAGAGUGGAGCAGGUGAUAACGACCACACCCCACCUUCAUCGAAGUGGCAUCAGGACAAAGCAGAUGUCAAUGCCUACCUCCACUUUCACCAAGCUGGAAUCAGAUAAGGUCCAAGAAGAGAUUGCAAAGGUGGUCGGGUCUGCUCAGCCUCGAAUUGAACACCGAUCAAAACUGCCUUAUACAGAUGCAGUAAUCCUUGAAGUUCAGAGGUUUGCAAAUAUUGUCCCUAUGAACGUGCCACGUGCCACCACCGAGGAUGUCACUCUAAAAGGCUAUUUCAUUCCAAAGGGAACUCGUAUUGUUCCAUUACUGUACUCCGUGCUUUAUGAUGAAUCUCAGUGGGAAAAACCACUUAAAUUCUACCCUGAGCACUUCCUUGAUUCUGAAGGAAAGUUUGUAAAGAGAGAUGCCUUCAUGCCUUUCUCUGCAGGUCGGCGAAUCUGUGCUGGUGAGACCCUUGCCAAAAUGGAGCUGUUCCUGUUCUUUGCAAGUCUGCUGCAGAGAUUCGUUUUCCAGCCAGCCCCUGGGACGUCUAAAGAAGACCUGGACCUGACCCCUGCAGUCGGGAUUACUGCGCCUCCCAUACCCUACCAUUUCUGUGCUUUGCCACGUGCUUAGCAUCCAGCCAAGCUUAUCUCUCGUGUGCACAACACCCUCCUUUCCUGCACAUUCUUGCCUGCCAAGGACAUUUCAGAGGAUUCAAAUUGUGCUUUUUCACAAACCUUUGUGCUUCAUACACCUGUCUGUGAAACC